GGCUGUAAUCUGUACAGAGCAUUUCUGAACCCCGUGUUAGCUCUUAAACAAGAGCGUUCAUGUACAGCGAGAUAAUCUCCCAGGGCUGUUAAAGGUGGCGUGGUGCGUCGGCGUCUCUCUCCAGCUCGCUAACUCACUGCACCGACCUACACGUUCGUGUUCACUCAGAGAAAGCCUAUAUGUGACUAUACAUCGAGUUCACUCCUCACUUCCACCAUCGUGAGCGUAAGGACGUCUCUGAGCGUUUGAACUCUUUAGGAAAGAUUUUUGCUGAAGUUUUACUAAACUCUAGAAGAUGUGGUGGAUGUUGUUUCCCCGAUGGAUUUGGUUUUUCCUUGGGCAUGUCUGCGUUUUGCGCUCGCAUCUUCAGGUCCGAGCAAUGACUGUGUCCAAGGUGGUGUAUUCUCACGCCGGAAUGUGUCCUAAUGAGAUGAACCCGAACCUCUGGGUGGACGCUAUGAGUACCUGCAUGCGCGAGUGCCAGUCAGAUCAGGAUUGUGAGACAUUUGAGAAGUGCUGUUUAAACGUGUGUGGAAGUAAAAGCUGUGUGGCUGCCCGCUAUAGGGACGUAAAGGGAAAUAAGGGACCAGUGGGAAUGCCAAAAGAAGCCACCUGUGACAAGUUCAUGUGCACCCAGCAGGGUUCAGAGUGUGACAUCUGGGACGGGCAGCCUGUGUGCAAGUGCCGUGACCGCUGUGAGCGGGAGCCUCGCUUCACUUGCGCCUCUGAUGGAAUGACCUACUACAACAAGUGCUACAUGGACGCGGAGGCCUGUUCCAAGGGUGUCAGCCUUACUGAGGUCACUUGCCGGUUCCACCUGUUGUGGCCUAACACCAGCCCACCUCCUGAGGAGACGACUAUGCUUCCUACCACUGUUUACCUGGAAACUACCCCUAUGGACAUUCAGGCUCCUACAAUGAUCAGUAAUCCAGGGCAAAACAUUGUGUUUGUGGGUGAGACAGCAAGCUUCCUGUGUGAAGUCAGUGGCAAACCCAAACCAGAGAUUACAUGGGAGAAGCAAGUGGAGGGAAAAGAGAACACCAUCAUGAAAUUAAACUACGUACAAGGUAACAUAGUAGUGACUAAUAUUGCACAGCUUGUCAUCUACAAUGCCCAGGUCCAAGAUGCUGGCAUUUAUACCUGCACCGCUAAAAACUUGGGUGGUUCUAUACAGACCCACUUCAUGUUGUCUGUCAUACGUCACGAUCAAGCCAUAAAUGAGAGCUUGAUGAAUUCCACACGUCUUCCUGCUGAGGAGUGCCUGAAAGCACCUGAUAUGGGCGACUGUGGAGAGGAGACCAUCAGCUGGUACUACGAAGCCAAGCGGAACAACUGCUUCACUUUCACUUAUAGCCAGUGCAACAAGAAUAGGAACCACUUUGAUACGUACAAAUCAUGCAUGCUGUCCUGUGGAGCAGAACUAGCUGCCCCUUGCUCCCUCCCUAGUGUCCAGGGACCCUGCAAAUCCUACCAGCCACGGUGGGCAUACAACCAUCUCCUCAAGAAGUGCCAAUCUUUUGUCUAUGGAGGCUGUGGUGGCAAUGAGAACAACUUUGAAAGUAAGGAAGCCUGUGAGGACAUGUGCCCAUUUCCCAAGAACCACAACUGCAAGCUGUGCAAGCCCAAACAGAGGAUGAUAACCAGCUUCUGCAAAAGUGACUUUGCAAUCUUGGGUCGCAUUACAGAACUGACAGAGGACCAAGAUUCAGGCCAUGCGCUUAUUACAGUUGAUGAGAUUCUAAAGGAUGAGAAGAUGGGGCUAAAGUUCUUUGGACAGGAGCCCUUGGAGGUGACACUACUCAACAUAGACUGGAGUUGUCCGUGUCCCAACAUCACUAAUGCUGAGGGCCAGCUUAUUAUCAUGGGGGAGGUGCACAAUGGGAUGGCAGUCCUGCAGCCUGACAGCUUUGUGGGAGGCUCCAGCAGCCGUCGCACACGCAAGCUCCGUGAAGUCAUCAACAAGAAGGCUUGUGCUUUUCUCAAGGAGAUUGCCAACACACAAUAGUAAUAAGCUCACACUGAAAUGCUGUGGACUCUGAGAGACACCAUAAGUACCCGUUCCCACAAACCUUUCACUAGGCAUCACAGUGAGGCACCAGCAUUACCAUAUUACAUCAGGGCUUUCAGUUCCAUUCCCAUGUUUGAAUCAUGCAAGCAAUAAAUAUAUGUGAAUUUAGGCAUACACAGUAAUCUCCAUGUACACCCGAUCAUUGUUACUUAUUUACUCUGAACUUAACUGUUUUUAAGCACUUAUUUUGUAAAAAUUGGAAGGAAAAAAAAAUCCUUAUUUUAGUUGCUUUGGCUCCUAAAUCUGAACCCUAAUGACAGAUUGCCUUAUAGGCAGUUACUAAAAGCUAAAUCCCAUGGCCUUUAACUUUUUAACUCAGUUAUGAAAAAGGCUUAAAUUUGCUGACUAACUUCAUCCCUUCUAUUAAAUAUAUAAAUGGCCUGUAGAUUUUGUCUUUGCACCUUGUAUUUACAUUUUAAUAUAUUUGCCCAACCUUGAUCUAAACUUUAUUUUAUUAUAUGCGUAUUAUUUAUUUUAUUAACCUAACUUUUUAAACCUUUCACAAACUGAAUUACUGAAUAAUUACAUACUCCAAGACAUGCUUUACAAGUUUUUGUAUUUUGUUUAAAGGCUU